AACAAACGAUUUUUAACGUAAUUUUGCAGAAGUGGAAAAUGGAGAAUAUUGAUUCCAUGUUUUUGGAGAACUUGGAGGAGUGGGUGUUGGAGGAAGAUAAGGUUAUCACCUACAAGUUUUUAUCCCGGGCUUUGAAGUGUCACGUUAAUGUAGCAAAGCAGAUGCUAUUCAACUUUAUUGAGGAACAGAGAAAAAAGAACAGUACAGAACUAGGAGUUGUUUACCUCAUCUCUGCUAGUGUGAAUAAUGACGGAAAUAAGAAGCUUAAGGUUUUGUUAGUUGAAGAGAAAAAUCUAAGUGAAGAAGUAAAAAAGUUGGACAAGAUUCUGUCGAAGCAUGUAUACAGUGUUCAGAAAUCCAAGAAAAUAUCAUCCACUGUUCUUUUCUCCACAGAUCAAAUAAGUUUGAAAGAGGACGUUUAUAUUGCAAACUCGUACUCAGCAAUUAAGAACAAGGGAGCAGUGCCUAAGCCUAAUACAAGCUUUGACAGACCCGUGGAACCUAUGCGAAAUGAUAGUAAACCAGAAAUCAAGAAAGAAGUUGUACAGGCUGAGAUCAAAGAAACAAACCAAGAGCAUGAAAAGAAUGAAUCUAUCUUUGCCAAAACAAAAAUAAAGAAAUCUCCCGAGAAAGAAGAAGUUGUUAAAAAGAAUUCAGCAACCAAGAAGCCUUCAAGCAUUGCUUCAAUGUUCGCUAAGCAGUCCGCGAAGCCUGUAGUUUCCAAGCAGCAGAAAGAAUUAAGUUCUGAAACCAGUCCUGGCAAAGAAAACAUGGAGAAUAAUAAGAUAGAAAUAAAAAAGGAGGCAGAAAAGAAAGCUGAUCCAGGAUCUUCUGCUGGAAAGAGAACUGCUGCCACUACUGCUGGCAAAAAAUCAUCCUCUGGGAAAAAAACUGGAAAUAAGAUACUGAAGAAGCCUGGAAAAGAAGAUUCGAAGAAAAGAAAACGAAUUACGAUUGCCAGUGAUAGUGAAAGUGAUGCCGACGAAGAUGCUGAGGACGUUGAAGAGUCCGGCCUCCAGGAUGAGGAGGAUGAAGUAGCUCCUCCUCGCUCCAGGAUAAUUGAUUCAGAUGACGAGGAAAUACCUUCUACACCGCAACAUACUCAAAGUUCCAAUCCUGGGAAACGGAAAGUGAGGAAGGAAGUGGAUAAAACUUAUAUAGAUGAGAAAGGUUUUAUGGUGACUAAGAAGGAGAUUGAGUUAGUAAGUGAUGAUGAACUUGAAUCUGAACCUGAACCCGCUCCUGCUCCUGCCAAGAUUCAACCUAAAGCAAUUGAUCCUGUUCCAGCAGCUAAGAAGGCUAAGUUGGGUGUUGGUAACACCAAGCAGCCUGGUAUAAUGAGCUUCUUCAAGAAGAAAUAGAUUAGCUACAAGUUGUUCCUCAUAUCUGCUCUUCAAACUGUUCAAAACAAUUGUAUUCGUUGUU